UCCGCCAUGGCCACGGUUGCGGGCUGCACACCCCACGGCGGGUGCUCCCGAAUGCAGAGACCGCAUCUCAGCAAGAUGGAGCGGGUGGUGGUGAGUAUGCAGGACCCUGACCAGGGCGUGAAGAUGCGGAGCCAGCGCCUUCUGAUCACCGUCAUUCCCCAUGCGGUAGCGGGCAGGGACAUCGUGGAAUGGCUGGUCCAGAAGUUCAGCAUCUCGGAGGAGGAAGCCCUGCACCUGGGCACACUCCUGGCUCAGCAUGGCUACAUCUACCCACUGCGUGAUUCCCGAGACCUGACGCUCAGGCCAGACGAGACCCCCUACAGGUUCCAGACACCGUACUUUUGGAUGAGCACUCUGUGGCCAGCUGCUGAACUGGAUUAUGCCAUCUACCUGGCUAAGAAGAACAUCCAAAAGCAAGGGGCCUUAGCAGACUACGAGAAGGAACAUUAUGCCCUGCUGCACAAGAAGAUCAACCAUACGUGGGAUCUGGUAUUGAUGCAGGCUCGGGAGCAGCUGCGGGCAGCUAAGCGGCGCCGGAAGGGAGACAGGCUGGUCAUUUCGUGUCAGGAGCAGACAUACUGGCUGGUGAACAAGCCCCCUCCUGGGGCACCUAAUGUUUUGGAGCAGGGUCCUGAGAGGGGCUCUUACAAGCCCAGUCAAGUGCAGAUGAGCUCGGAUUUCUAUAAGUGUGAGAUCGAAUGCUUCAGGAAGGCACUGGGCAGGAACCGGGUGAAGUCCUCUGUCUGCCUCGAGGCGUACCUUAAGUUCAGCAGUCAGCAUGGGCCACAUGAUCCCAUCAUGUCAGGGUGCCUGCCCAGCAACCCCUGGAUCACAGAUGAUGUCACCUACUGGGCCAUGAAUGCCCCCAACGUGGCUGCCCCAACAAAGCUCCGUGUUGAACGAUGGAGCUUCAGCUUCCGGGAGCUCCUGGAUGACCCCGUGGGGCGUACCCACUUCAUGGACUUUCUUCAGAAGGAAUUCAGUGCCGAAAACCUCAGCUUCUGGGAGGCAUGUGAGGAGCUGCGCUUUGGCGGACAAGCCCAGGUCCCCACCUUAGUGGACUCUGUGUAUCAGCAGUUCCUAGCCCCUGGAGCUGCCCGCUGGGUCAACAUUGACAGCAAGACGAUGGAGUGGACUCUGGAGGGGCUGCGCCAGCCACACCGCUAUGUCCUGGAUGCCGCGCAGCUGCACAUCUACAUGCUCAUGAAGAAGGACUCAUAUCCGAGGUUCCUGAAGUCUGACAUAUACAAGGGCCUGCUGGAGGAAGCUGUGGUUCCGCUGGAGACAAAACGCUGGCCAUUUCCAUUCUUGCGGAAGCCUCUGCAGUCCAGCCCCAGCCCUGCUCUCCAGUCUACGCCCAGGGAGCCUGCAGCAACCAGCUCCCCUGCAGGUAAUCCUACUCCUCAGGCUGAACCCAGUGGCUUCUUAGGAGACUAUGUCUGCAAGUGCCAUUUUACUGCUGUACAUGGCAUCUCCUUCACCCGUCCUCUGAUCAGAUCUACAGAAAGGCAACUCCACGCUGCUGGCCCAGCUGUAGGGCUGGGGCUGACUGUAGGCCUCCCAGAUCUCCUGUCCAGGCUGUCCUGUGCCACCAGCAUUGCCACCCCUACCCCAGAGUUAGAAAUAAAGACGGCACCUCUAUACAGCUCCCAACAGGGCAGUUCUCUAGUCUCCCAUCACAACCCAUUUCUACAGAAAUAAAAGCUUCAGGCCCUUG